UUAAAAAAUAACCACAAACGGUAAAAAUAAAUAGAUAAUUUAAAAAAUGUCAAACUGGGGUUGAAUUUAAACGGGCUAGAAACGCCUACACAACAGUUUAGUCUGUGCAUGUUUACAGCCUGUUUGACAAGCGAGUCCUACUGCAGAAUGUUUCAUCAACUUAAAGAGGAAGCAACAAUGGUUCAGCGUGUUGCUGUGGUUGGAGCAGGUGUUUCAGGUUUGGCCUGUAUCAAAAUCUGUGUGGAUGAGGGUUUGGAGCCUGUCUGCUUUGAAAGCAGUGAUGACAUUGGUGGUCUGUGGAACUUUAAGGAUUCUCCUGAACCACAGCGAUCCAGCAUCUAUCGCUCUCUGGUGGCUAAUACCUCCAAAGAGAUGAUGUGCUUCAGUGAUUUCCCUAUGCCUGAUGAUUAUCCAAACUAUACACACAACUCCCUUCUGAUGAAGUACUACAGACUCUAUGCUGAGCAUUUUCACCUUCUCAGAUUCAUCAACUUCCAGAUGAAAGUGACGAGUGUCACACAAAGCCCAGACUUCUCUCAGUCUGGUCAGUGGGAAGUGGUGACGAUUAACAAGAAUGGUGAUGAGGAGAGGCACAUCUUUGAUGCAGUUCUAGUGUGUUCAGGUCACUUCACCCAACCAGUCUUACCUCUGUCUGACUUUAAAGGACACGAGACAUUUUGUGGAACAUUUCUUCACAGUUGGGAUUACAAAAAUCCUGAUGCCUACAGAGGAAAGAAAGUGGUGAUUGUUGGAAUUGGUAACUCUGGAGGAGAUCUUGCUGUAGAGAUCAGCAGAUCAGCAGAGAAGACUUUUCUCAGUACACGUGAGGGGGCCUGGGUGAUUGGUAGAAAGUCUCGUAAUGGCCUUCCUUUGGACAUGGUAGGGAUCACCAGGUUCAACAACCUUCUGAUAAAGCAUUUUCCUGGGACUUUGGUCAACUGGGUGGUAGAGGGAGCACUGAACAACAAAUGUGACCACAAACUGUAUGGCUUGAAACCAAAACACAGAGCUUUGGACAAAAGACUAUUAAUAAAUGAUGAUCUUCCAGAUCGAAUACUUCAAGGGGGUUUAGUCAUGAAGCCCAACGUCAGAGAAUUCAAAACAUCAGGAGUUGUAUUUGAAGAUGGCACAACUGAGGAGGACAUUGAUGCUAUAGUCUUCUGCACAGGUUAUAGUGCAACGAUCCCAUUCCUGCCCUCGGCUCUGUCUGAGGGAGCCUACGGUGAACUGAUUCUGUACAAAAAACUGUUUCCUCCCACUCUGCAACACCCCACACUGGCCAUUGUGGGUAUUUUGCAAGCAAAAGGACCAAUCAUGCCCAUCGUGGAGAUGCAGGCGCGCUGGGCUGUUAAGGUGUUUUCAGGUUUAAGCCGACUUCCAUCCAAGGAGAAAAUGCUGGGAGUCAUUGAGGCAGAGAGAAAGUCAAACAUGCAGAGCUAUCCAUGCCCAAGACAGGCUGCUGUACAGGUGGAUUACGUCUCAUACAUGGAUUUCAUGGCUAAAGAGGUGGGGGCUAAACCCAGGCUCCUGAGACUUCUUCUGACGGAUCCUGUACUCUGGACCAAGGUCGUUUUUGGGCCCUGCACACCGUACCAGUAUCGUCUCACUGGGUCGGGACAGUGGGCAGGUGCUAGACGGGCCAUCCUCACACAGUGGGGUCGAGUUUACAAGCCUUUCAGAACCAGAAUGGUGGCAGAACCAGCUGCCACAAAGCCUAUCUUGUUUUCACCCUGGUUCAUUACAUUUGGGGCAACUAUGGUUUUUAUUUUGCUUUUGUCACAAAACAACACUGUCCCAAUAUGUCAACAUUUCUCUCAGAUUCUGGACAUCAGUAAGGUUUUCCUCAGCAAUCUUUGGUUUAAGUAAAUGUGAAAUAAAAAUUUCCAAAAUCAAUCAAACCUAACAUUUUUCUCAAUGAGGUAGGGCUGGGCGAUAUGGCCUAAAAUUAGUAUCACGAUAUAUUGAGGAUUUCACCCCGAUAAAGAUAAAUGGAUGAUAACUACAGGUAUGUGCAGAAACAAAAGUUGUCCACUAGAUGGCGCUAUCACAUGUAUUACAUUGAAUCACAUUUAGGUGGUACAGCUUCUUAAAGGGACACUAACACUGCCAACCUACACACAUCUUUUCAUUUUUUUUAUCAAAUGUAUUGACAAGGGGGAAAAUUACCACGACAAGAGUCCGAAAUUUCGAUAACGAUACAUUUUGGAUUUAUUGCCCAGCCCUACAAUGAGGUUUAGACACAACAGCUUACUGGCUGCAAAAUAGUUCAAUGGUCUCCAGCUGAGCCUGUCAUUGCUUUAUUGUUCACAUGUGACUUGAAGACUGUUGAAUUAUUCUAAUAUAAACCUUUUAGUCAAAAUUUUAAAUUUAAAAACAAAAUUAUCCACUUAAUAAGUUAAGAGUGGAAUUCUACAGCUAUUACACAAAAGCUUUCAAAUUGUUUAAACGAGAAUCACCUGCUGAUUGAAAUCGAAGCAGGUUUAAAACUACAUCCUGCUGGAUACCAGCCCUCCAGGACCAGGAUUGGGCACACCUGAUCUAUAUGGUCUCUUAACAUUCGGGUAUUAUUUUGAGGGGAGAAUCCGAGAGUGCUGUUGAUGCGCUCCAGGCAGCUGUGUCCUGCACACGGCCACUGUAAUAUUCUCAAAGUGGCGCAACCAAAAGAAUAUAAUUGACACACGGUCAUUCAUAUCCACUCAUAUUCUCUGGUACUUUAUGUCUUUUACUUGUGCCUGACACUCUUUGCUGCUGCUGCUCCUCCGGAAGGUGUAACCAUUUUGGUUACGUUAAUGAUGACAGCAGAAAAAAGCUAGCCUACGCUACCAAUAAGGCUAGCCUAAGUAUAUUGUUACCCUAUUUAUUCAUUAAUUUGUUAGGUAUUUUUUUUUCUUUUGCUGAACCCUGAAACGUUUUUUUUACAUUCGUGUUGAAACGUGUGGCCAGGUAAUGGCAGCAGAGGACCAAGAAUUAAAACCCCAGACUUUUGUUUGUUGGCAGAUGAAACAACAUUAACUACUUUUUUUUUAAAGAAAGCAAGAGACAUUUCUUGAAUAAAAUAAAUGUGCAUAAUGAUCAAGAA